AUGCAUAUACAUAAUCAGUAUCAGCAAAUCUCUCAAUACACCUCCCCGCAUGCGUACCAACGGCUUCGUCUGAGUUACAAGGAUGGCGCAUGUGCUGGCAGGAAUGUGGCUGAAGCCUCCAAGACUGAUCCCCUACUCCGGGUGGCGAAUUGGCUGGUGUUGAUCUUCCCGUUUUACAAUGCAGCAGGAGCUCUCUGCGAUGUCCACUACAGCCGAUAUCUUGAGUCGAGAAAGAAGAGGCUCGCUCUGGCAAACUCCUGCGGUGCACAGCUGCAGCUCAGGGUCAGCAAGGAAGAGGCCGAGAAGGACGAGUGGCAGAUCGAGCUGCUGAAAGCCCUCGCAGCGGAGUUGAAGGUGCCGGAGACGCGCUUGACGCUGCAGGGUCUUAGCGAGGCUCGUGGGAAGACUUUCUUGCGGGUGGUGCUGACCAGGCCCGAGUCCGAGGCGGCAGCGGCACCCGCCUCGGCAGUUCUCGCAAGGCUGCGCGGGGGAGCUUCGGGACCUCUGGCGGCCAUUGAGGCUGUCAUUGUGGAUGGGGUGCAAAGGGAGCAGCAGAAGACUUACGGGCUGUGGCUGAGCCCAACUGGGAAUGCCGCGCAAGCUCUCGAGAAGGCAGUUGCGGACUUGAGCUCCAAGCAUGGUGGGCCCUCCUUCAAGCCUCACCUGACACUGCUGGGACCCGUCACGGGCUCGGAGCAGGAUGUCACCGACUUUGCCAAGAAGUUUGCAGUCCAGACGGCCCCGAUCCCUAUCCAAGUCGAGGGCCUGGGCCUGGGGUCCUCUUUCUUCCGGAGCAUCUACCUGGAGGUCAAAGGCUCAUCGGAUCUUCUGGCAGCUCGUUCGCUGGCGGCCUCCUUGGUGCCCAAGUCAUGGCUGCCGGUCUUCCUCGGGGGCAAGUCCUGCCAUCUUGAUGCUCAGACGGAGAAGGUCGGGUUCCAUCCGCACAUCUCCCUGGCUUACCUGCAAGGCACGCCGAAGGCGCGUGAGGAGCUUGCCGAGGAGACCGCCGCAGUUCUCGGGGCGUCCUUCGUCGCCAAGGAGCUCACUGUCUGGGAGACAGAUCUGGAGGACUUCACCUGCAAAUCUUGGAAGCAAGUUGCCACCUUCAAGCUGGAAGGCAAGAAGCCCGUUUCCUUCUGGCGACUGUUCCGGCGCUUUGCAGCUUUUGCCGCGCCUGAGUUCCUGCGGAUCGGUGUCGGCACAGUGCUCAGCAUCGGGGGCAGCAUCGUCGUCGACCGUGCGUGUGCGCAUGACAUGCAGCUGUGCUCUGGCAAGCAUGUCGGGAAGACCAAUGCGGAGCUUUUUGGGAUCGUGGGCCAGGGCCUGCUCCUCUGGGGUCUUGUGAAUCAGUUGUUCGACUGGUCCCGCUGGUUGAUGGAGAGCGCAGGAGACAAGAUAGGAUGUCGACUGCGUGGACAGCUCUUCGAGCGCCUCAUCCAACAAGACGUCAAAUGGAUCUCACAGAAAGGUGCAGACGAGCUCUACAAAACACUGAUGCAGAGAACGGACAAUGUGCAGCGUGUCUUCACACGGGAGAUUCCGGAAAUACUUACUAUGGUGUCGAACCUUAUUACAAACAUUGGAUUCCUGUGGCUGCGAAAGCCCAGGCUUUGUGCUUUUGGCUUUGGAAUAUUCGCUUUUCAGAACAUGGGAUUUGGCAUCUUUGAUGCCAUGCAGCAGGUGGCGCAGGACCAUGAUUCAGUGACCGAAGACAUCAAGGAGAAUGCCCUGGAAGUGCUGCAGAACUUUCGCAUUGUAAGGGCAUUUGGGCGUGAGGGCCGAGAGAAGCAGGCCUUUCUCAAAAGCAUCCGUCAGAAGCUGAUGGUCAAGAUCAGCAACUAUGUCGGCUUUGUGACGGAGCUUGGGUCUUGGCUCACAGGUGAGUUUGCCUUUCAGGUCGCCUACAUGUAUGGUGGAACCCUGGUGAACCUGAAGUACAUAGGGGCCGACGAAGUCAGAGAGACCGUGAGCAAUGUCUUCAAGUCGACCUGGCCCCUGUACCGGCUCAAGCGCCGGCUGCAGACGAAGAUGACCUUCACGGAGGAUGCGGAGGCCGUGCUCGAGGCCCUCGAGCGGCCGCCGGACAUCCCUUUCGAGGACACCUCCAAGCACAACCCCGCGCCCAGUGAGAUUAAGGGCCACAUCCGGGCCUCGAGCAUGUCCUUCUCCUAUACGGAGGAUGCUGAGGGGGCGGUGCUGAAGGAGUUGGACUUUACCAUUCCGGAGGGGUCCAUGGUGGGGCUCGUCGGGCCGUCCGGAUGCGGGAAGUCGACCCUCUUCAACUUGUUCCUGCGUUUCUACGACCCGCAACUGGGAUCCCUGGAGAUCGAUGGGGUGAGCCUGGCAGAAUGGAAUCCGCAGGCGCUCUAUCGGGCCAUUGCCUGGGUGUCGCAGGACCAGUGCGUCUUCAAGGGCUCUGUUCUGGAGAACAUCCGCUACGGUGUUCCUGAUGCGUCCGAGGAGGAUGUGCUGAGGGCCAUGCGCGAGGCAGACCUUUACGACGACGUCAUGAAGAAGCCGCAAGGUGUGGCCACCCCGGCCUCCGAGCUUUCUGGGGGCCAAAAGCAGAGGCUCUCCAUCGCGAGGGCAGUGCUCACUAACCCAAAGAUCCUGCUCCUGGACGAGGCCACCUCGGCCUUGGACACCGUCUCGGAGCGGAAGGUUCAGAAGGCCCUGGAGUCGUUGAUGAAGGGCCGGACCGUGAUCGCCAUCGCUCAUCGGCUGUCUACGAUCAUGAAUGCGGACCUGAUCAUGGUCAUGGAAGCCGGGAAGAUCAUUGAGCAGGGAACGCAUGCGGAGCUGCUGCGGAAGGCUGGCGGCAAGUAUGCAAACCUGGUGCAGCAGCAGCUGGCAGUAGACGACGAUUCCGCCAAGGCGGAAACCUCAACGGAUCCGAAGGCUGUGGAGGACUGUGCGCUGGCUCUGGAGCAGCUGCGGUCACGCAUCCCCGGUGAGCUGGCGGGCGAGGUUGACUCGGCAGUGAAGGCCCUCAAGGAUGCUGCGAAGACGCUGCAGCAAGAGAAGAAGCGCCUGGCCCUCCGUGAGCGUAGCUUGCUGGGCAAUCGAAAGUGGAAGGCUGCCACCACUCUCCGAAACGCCAUGCGGGCGAUAAAGCUGAUGCAGCCGGCCCAGACGCAAGGCGUGCCUGCGGGACCGCCUCCGCUGCUCGAGCGGGCCAUGUCCACAGCCUCGGAGGUGGCCUCCGAGGAUCUCUCGAAGAUCGAGCUCGUCCGACACCAGAGCGAGUGA